CAACACCCCCUCAAUCUAACUACAACAUGGCCGCCAUUCCCCAAGGAAAGCAGAACAUAACUGCCAAGAACGACAAUGACGUCGUCAUCGUCUCUGCCCUUCGAACGCCCAUCACCAAGGCCAAGAAGGGUGGUCUCGCCCAGUGCUGCCCCGAGGAGAUGCUCGGCACUGUCUUCAAGGGCGUCAUUGCCCAGUCCAAGAUCGACCCCAAGCUCGUUCAGGACAUUGCCGUCGGAAACGUCCUUCCCCCGGGCGGCGGAGCCACCGUUGCCCGUAUGGCCGCUCUCUGGGCCGGCUUCCCUUCGUCUACGGCCGUCAACACCUUGAACCGCCAGUGCUCCUCCGGUCUCGCUACGGUCAACCAGAUUGCCAACGAGAUUGCCAUGGGCCAGAUUGACAUCGGUAUUGGUGCUGGUGUCGAAUCGAUGACCCAGAACUACGGAGCUGGUGUCAUGCCCGAGAAGAUGUCGGACGCUGUCAUGGAGAACGAGGAGGCUUCUGACUGCCUGAUGCCCAUGGGUAUUACCUCGGAGAAUGUUGCCAAGAAGUACCAGGUCGACCGCAAGAAGCAGGACGCCUUCGCCGCUGAGUCCUUCGCCCGCGCCGUCAAGGCCCAGAAGGCUGGCCACUUCAAGUCGGAGAUCGUCCCCGUCAAGUACGCCGACGACGACGGCAACGAGAAGACGGUCGACUCGGACGAUGGCAUUCGCGAUGGUGUCACUGCCGAGUCUCUGGGCAAGCUCAAGCCUGCCUUUGACAAGAACGGGUUCACUACUGCUGGUAACGCUUCGCAGGUCUCGGAUGGAGCCGCCGCCGUCCUCCUCGCGCGUCGCUCCGUCGCCAAGAAGCUCGGUCUUCCCAUCAUUGGCAAGUACGUCACGGCAGCUGUGGUUGGUGUGCCACCCAACGUUAUGGGCAUUGGUCCCGCCUUCGCUAUCCCUCGCGUGCUGGAGUUGACCGGCUUGAGCAAGGGCGACGUCGACUUGUGGGAGAUCAACGAGGCCUUUGCGUCCCAGGCCGUCUACAGUAUCGAGCAGGUGGGCAUCGACUUCGCCAAGGUCAACAUUAACGGAGGUGCAAUUGCCUUUGGGCAUCCCCUCGGUGCGACUGGAUCGAGGCAAAUCGCUACAGGACUCGCCAUUGCCAAGAGGACGGGUGGUAAGAUCCUCUGCAGCUCGAUGUGCGUCGGUUCCGGAAUGGGUAUGGCCGCCAUCUUCGUCAAUGAGCAGUAGGUCGGCGCUCGCGUCUCCGCGCCGCCUUCCCGGUUCGAGUGACGUCAAUUUUUGCCUUAGUUGCGACUGUGCUCUCAUUGCUCACUCAAUCUACAAUAGUCAUUCGACGAUU